AUGACCACUGGACCUGAAGGCAUUUCGGAGCUCAGCAUGAUAUCCCCGAGUGCACAGUCACACAACGCCGGAUCACCGCCGGGCCCGAGCAAUGGAGCCAAGAGGAAGCGGAAAGUGUACUCGUGCUACGAAUGUCGACGACGAAAAUUGCGCUGUGAUCGGAAUUAUCCCACAUGCAGUCGAUGUCAAAAAGCUGGUCAAGGCAGCUCUUGUUUCUAUGAUGGGCCCCCGCCCUCCACAUCUGUUGAGCCCCUUGCAGCUCCACCCCCAGGGAAAGCUACAGGCCCAAAACAACUCAGAGUGGCCCCGGAACCUAUUGCUAGGGCUAACUAUGAUGAUGCUCGACAUCCUGUAUUAGUGGGAACAUCGUUGUCCAGCCUGGAGGCGGACCAGAAUACUGGAACUUGGCAGUUGCUUAGUGAAAGAGCGGCUUCGCAGGCCGAGUUUCAGAAUCAACGGCCUGCUGUUAAGGCUGAUAAUGAGGAGCCGCCAUUUCCAGGUCGAGCGCAUGAUGCUAUACGGAAUGUCAUCUUUCGUGGAGAGAAUUUCAGGACUCAGUACUAUGGUGGGAGUAAUCCAGCUAGUUUGAUCGGUCAUUUUCCGGAGCUUCGGUCAUUUAUGAAAGAAGCUAUCAAACAUCAAAAAUCGCUUUACAAAGUGCAACAUGAUUUGAAGACUCGACAUAAGAAAUGGAAAGUGGAAAAAGUGAAUACGCUAUCCACACCCCAACUCGAUUUCAGUUACCUUCUCCCCGACCGAGGAACGAUUGAUGAACUUGUGCACCGCUACUUUGAAACCUUUGAAUCUGUGUACAGGGUCGUGCAUGGACCAAGCUUCUGGGAAGAAUAUGAAAGAUUUUUGGCUGACCAUCUAUCAACAUCAUCUGCUUUUGUGGUCCUGAUAUUACUGAUAAUGGCUACUGCGAGCUGUAUCUCGCGUAAUGAACAAACUCGUUACAUCGGAGAUAGUUCGCUAGGCCGAGAGCGUGCUGUCAUGUGGAUCGAAGCCUCGGAAUCCUGGCUCAGAUCUCAUAGCCAGAAGAAUGUAUACCUGGCCGUCUGGCAAAUCCGCUGCCUCCUGGUUCUAGCAAAAUUGGUGAAUACAGUGAAGAAAAAGCGACACUGGACCGAAACCGGUACUCUCGUGAGAGAAGCAAUGGCGGCAGGAAUGCACCGUGAUCCGGGUCUGCUGGGAGAAAAAGUCUCCGCAUUCGACCGAGAGAUGAGAAGACGAUUAUGGGCUACAAUGACGGAGCUAGAACUUCAGACUUCGAUUGACCGUGGAAUGACUUCAACAUCAGCAGGUGCAUUGGCCGAUACAAAGAGUCUUCUGAAUCUCGAAGACAAGGAUCUUACCGAUGAGCCUGAUGCACUCGAUACACAACGACCUAUGACUGAAUACACCGCGAGUUCAUUCCUCUAUUUUUCCAAUCUCAGUUUCUCGUUGCGUGUGUCUUUGAACUCUGUUGUGAAUGAUAUGAGCUCACCGUUGCGAUAUGAGGAGGUUAUGCACUAUGAAGAACUCAUCACAAAAGAACUUCAAAGGCUUCCUCCGUGGAGCUCAGUCCGGUCCCACCCGAACGAACCCGGGCUCUCUCUGGUAGCAAGAACGCUUCUUGAUGUACAACUUCGGCAAUUCUUGAUUAUGAUACAUGCGCCCUUCGCUCGACAAGCUGAAGGCACAUCUAGACAUUCUUUCUCCAGAAUGAUCUGCUUUGAUGCCGCGUCAAACAUCAUUGAUCAAUAUGCCAGACUCAGUGAUUCCAACAACCUGAUGCUCUUGUUACUCCGACACGAUUAUUUCCGAUCAGCAUUAGUGAUAUGUCAAAAUUCAUACAUUUCCAUGACUCUUCAAAAUGAUAUUCUUCUCAGCUCCAACACCUCAGUGUUCAUAAAUUACAUCGAAAAGGCACUAUCACUGCUUGAAGAACGCAUUGUUCAAAUCGGCACAGGAUACACCCACCAUUGGUAUAUUUCAGCCGGACGUGCUCUGCUACGAUUAACUCCUUCCAUGGACCAGUCCAUACACGAAAGUGGACAGGCUGUUGACCGGGUUGCAAGGCAGUAUUACAGAGUGAUGUCUUCGCAGGUCGAAAUUGAAAUCGCGAAAGAGAAAAACAUCACACUUCCCGAAAAUAGAAUUAAUACCAGUUAUGAGCGUUCGAAACUUCCGAAUGAAUUGCUAGAUCCAUUGGGAUCCCCUUUUCCUGAUUCUAAUGCACUAAACGCCCUUUUUGAUCAAACCGAUAUGAAUGAUUUUUUCGGCGAUCCAGAGGUGUGGGUGUUUGAUAGUCUGUAUCCGAUGGAGUCCUUGUAG